UUUUUUUUUUUUUUUUUUUUUUUGCAAUUCAGCAUUCCUCAGCCGCGCUGUGUAUCCUGGGACGAAGAUUGGGACACGCAGCUUAGAAAAGGUUGUUUCAUCUCUUUCCAGCCCAUCUUUGCUCUGUCCGACCGAAUUGGUUUUCCCGUCCCAAUUGGAUGUCGUUGCUUUGCUGCUCUUCCAAACCUGCGACGGUACCACGGAGCGAACUCUUCGUCUCAUCUUCGGUCUCAGCUACCUACCUACCUACAAUUUCCUCUCUUCUUCUGAUACCAAUCCCCUUCCAGUGAAGCAAUAGUCGAUCUUAAAGAAAACCCGGUAGCAAACACCGCGGCCAUGGCAGCCACCUCGGCCGACCCCUUUGGCCAGAUCCUCAAGGACCUAGUCCUCAUCGCCAUCAGCCUCGCCUUCGUCCCCUUAGCCACGACAAUCCUCGUCCUGAGCCAUGCGUGGCAGCGCUUCCUGCGUCCCGGCCAGGCCUUCGAUCCCGCCGCCGCCACAGACCGCCAACAACAACAGCGGCGCACCAUCCUCGUCACCGGCGUCGGUAUGACAAAGGGCCUCACCCUCGCACGACUGUUCCACCAAGCAGGCCACCGCGUCGUGGGCGCCGACUUCUCCCCACACGCCUGCGGCAGCCGAUCCGUCGCCCUCGACGCCUACCACGUCCUCCAGAAACCCGGCCGAGCCGGAGGCGGCGCCGACCCGUACCUCGACUCGGUGCUGCGGAUCGUCGAGCGGGAAAAGGUCGACCUCUGGGUCAGCUGCUCGGGCGUCGGCUCGGCCGUCGAAGACGGCGUCGUCAAGGAGGUCGUCGAGGCCCGCACGCGGUGCCGCGCCGUGCAGCCCGACGUCGCGCGCACCCGGAUUCUGCACGAGAAGGAUUCCUUCAUGGACCACACGCGCGAGACGGGCCUGCGCGUACCAGAGUCGUACCUCGUCACGAGCCGCCACGAGAUGCUAGCCGCGCUCGAGGAGGCGUCGGGGAGCCUGUCAUACGACGAUGACGACGACGACCCCGCGUCCACCGCCAAAACCAAGAAACCGCGCUUCAUCGCCAAGUCGGUGGGCGUCAACGACCGCGGCCGCGGCGACAUGACGCUGCUGCCGCUGCCAACGGAGAAGCAGACGUACGACCACGUCUACCGCCUCGAGUGGCUGGGCCUGUCGGACAAGGAGCCCUGGCUGCUGCAGGAGUUCAUCGACGGCGACGAGUUUUGCACGCACGCGCUCGUGGUCCGCGGGCAGGUGAGGGCGUUUGUGGCGUGUCGCUCGGCGGAGCUGCUGAUGCACUACGUCGCGCUGCCGGCUGCGUCGGCGCUGUCGAGGGCGAUGCUCGAGUUUACGAGGAAGCAGGCUGCGUCGUUUGGGGAGGCGUAUACGGGGCACUUGAGUUUUGAUUUCAUGGUCAGCGGUGAGGAUGUUGCUGCGGCGGCGGCGGAUGGGUGUAAGCCUGAGCAGCUGAAGCUGUAUCCGAUUGAGUGUAACCCGCGGGCGCAUACCGCUGUUGCGUUGUUUGGGGAUACGCCGGAUCUGGUGGAGCAGUACCUGAGCGUCCUAGACGAGGCGGAAACUUCUAGUGGCAGCGGCUCGGAGACAGAUGUGGUGACGCCGAGGAGGCCGGCCAAGUACUACUGGAUCGGGCACGACCUCUUCACGCUGCUGCUGCUCCCCACGGCGAGGCUGCUGCUGUUCAGGAUAUCGAUUGCGGCGUACUGGCGGUCUGUGAGGACGUUUGUCGAGCACGUUCUAUUCUGGAAGGACGGGAUGUUUGAGCUGUGGGAUCCGAUGCCGGCGUGCUGGCUUUAUCACGUUUACUGGCCCAUGACGUUUUGGGACUGCGUUGUGAAUAGGAGGGGCUGGAGCCGGAUCAACGUGAGCACUACAAAGAUGUUUGAGUGCGAUUGAGGAGUUCAGUGUCAGUGUAGAUGCCAUGUCGAUUGACGGUUUUCAAUCCAAGGCCACUUUUUGAAAGUCACAUUAAUGAUUUGAUCAACUUCGUGGAGCUUUUGUGACAGCUUCUAAAUGCUUCCAGGACCCAAAUGCAAAUAGAGCAUAGUUCAGAGAUUAAGACGAACCGUCAAAAUUGCCAAACUUCUGGUCAAGGUGGAUCCGGUGGCCACUGCCUUAAUGAUUCUUACAUGGCAUGUAAUAUCAGAUACUAGAUCUCGGACUCGCCCUUAGUGCCGGGA